AUGGCCAACCAAGCAGGAACCAACGCGGCCGCUCAGGCUCGCCUUUCCCAAGUGCAAGGCCAGCUAGGUCCAUCAGGCCGACCAGGUCUCCUCGAGAAACGCCCAGACGAUGUCGUAGUCACCUGCGCCCUCCGCACCCCAAUCACAAGAGGUGGAAAGGGCGGCUUCAAGGACACAGCCGGCGCAGACCUCCUGCACGGCGCCUUCACCAACCUGAUCCAGCGUUCUGGCAUCGACCCCAGGCUCGUCGAAGACAUCUCCGUCGGAUGUGUGCUCGCCCCCGGCGGCGGCGCUACAGAGUUCCGCGCAGCAGCAUUGGCAGCUGGAUUCCCCAACACCACCGGUGUCAAGAGCUUGAACCGACAAUGCAGCUCAGGGCUACAAGCAUGUGCCGAAAUCGCCAACGCCAUCAAGUCCGGCAUGAUCGACAUCGGCAUCGGCGCCGGGGUGGAAAGCAUGAGCACACAAUACGGCCCAGGCGCAGUAACGGAAUUCAGCGAGCUUCUUGAGAACCACAAGGAUGCCGCCGAGUGCAAGGUGCCCAUGGGCAAGCUCAGCGAGGACAUGGCGAAAGAGUACGGCAUCAGCAGAUCGGACCAGGACGAGUUUGCGGCUAGCAGCUACCAGAAAGCCAUCAAGGCACAGAAGGCAGGGCUCUUUGACCAGGAAAUUGCGCCUCUGAAGGUCAAGUGGGAGGAUCCCAAGACGGAGAAAGUCAGCGAAAUCACAGUCUCGCGGGACGAUGGUGUUCGCGAGGUGACGAAGGAGUCCCUGGGCAAGAUCCGCGCUGCGUUCGCCAAGGACGGCACAAUCCACGCUGGUAAUGCCUCGCAAGUGUCAGACGGCGCCGCAGCAGUGCUGCUCAUGAAGAGAAGCACAGCAGAGAAGCUCGGACAACAGAUCAUCGGCAAGUUCGUGCAAGCCUCAAUCGUCGGUGUGCCGCCGCUUCUGAUGGGUAUCGGACCAUGGAAAGCGAUCCCCGUCGCGCUGGAGAAGUCCGGCAUUACAAUCGAUGAUGUCGACAUCUUCGAGAUCAACGAAGCUUUCGCAUCGCAAUGUCUGUGGUGUGCCAAGGAGCUUAAGAUUCCGUCCGAGAAGAUCAACCCGAAGGGUGGUGCGAUUGCGUUUGGACACCCUCUUGGUUGCACUGGUGCGCGACAGGUUAGCACGUUGCUGUACGAGCUUAAGAGGACUGGCAAGCAGGUUGGCUUGACGAGCAUGUGUGUCGGUACAGGUAUGGGUAUGGCGGCGGUUUGGGUCGCUGAGUAG